AUGAACAGCUUUCUACGGCCAAUCAAAAGGAGGUACAACGAUAAAAGGUGUAUUUUUAUCUAUUUAGCUCUGGUCAUGUUUUAUUAUUUGACGAUGCUUUUAAGAGCAAAACACGAACCUUGCACGUGUUUGGAUGAGUAUGUACCAACGAGUGUUGUAAUCUACAGCCUAUUAUUUCCGAUAGUUUAUUUUACGAUUCACCUGAUGAUGCUCCUUUUGGUAUCACAUGGCAAAGUGCUGCUAUUUCUGAGCAUUCUCCCUUUCUUAAACAUGAUAUACAUAUUUCGUCUCGGUAUUGUUCCGUUUAUGUUGUACCUAUUCGCCAUGAUCGCAGUGUUCGUGGCGCUCUAUUUCGUUUUAAACACCUCGGACAAGCUUUUUGUGGGACUGCUGACACGAAUAGGCAUGAAGAUGAUUGUAACGUUCUAUUUGCCUAUUAUUAUUGUGCUGUUACUGUGUUAUGCACAACUGAUCGUGUUCUUUGCGGUUGAGAAUUAUUUCAUUCUGUCGGACAAGAGCUCGGUCCUGCGCAAGUUAUUUCCUAUCCUUGCUGUGGCGAUUUUACUGACCAAAUUAGUAGUAUGCCAUGACAUUAUCGGCAUAUUCAUGAGCUCGUUGCUGUACUGCCAUAUCGUGUACCACAACAUUUCCUUUCGUGGUAAAAUCGUGAUUUCGGUCAAAAACAUGUUUUAUUGCUUUGGUUCACUUUUGCUCAGUGAAUUCCCGCGUGUAUUUCUAAAGCUUAUGAAUAUACCGUCCGACCUUGAUAGACCUGAUGUUGUAUACGUGCAAGGAAUACCGGGCUACUCCUUUAUCAUACACAAUCGAUGCCGAUACGACUGGUUUGUAAUUUACUUGGCCAUAUCAGGGAAAUCAUUUGCGCUAACGUGUGCUCAGCUGAAAACUGUGAUCACCCCAAACGAAAAAACAUUCCUAAAAAUUGAUGGAACCACCACACAGCUGUUCGUUCUCCACAUGACAUCGUAUUUAUGUGCGUAUGUUAGUUUUUACCACGUUAUGUUCGGUGCCAAUGUUCUUAUCAAGGCGGGACUCACGGGUGAGUACCAUUGCUUCCCAUUGGUUUUUAUAAUAGGUUGCUCUGUGCUGUACAGCGCUUUCCACAGGUACUUAGCACGUGUUGUUUUCUUCCUCUACACCAUUUAUAGGGGAGACUUCAUGUACGAAUACCCAUGGUACUAUGAAAUGAUAACCAAAGAAAUACCUGAUGGAUACGCCGUGCAGCAGCGUAGAUAAAACGUGACAAUGCCGUGUAGGAAUGUGUGUUCGCUUUUAGCAGAUAGUACACGAACAAAUCACCAUUAUUGGUGGAAAGUAGCAAGGUGUUGUAUUUCAGCAGUGCAGCAACAUCGAGAAGAAGAUGCACAAACCAUUCUUAACAAGCCUCACAUGGCAAAUCGCUCAGUUGAUCCGUGCAAUGUGCUCUUGACCGAAAGAAUCAAGAAUUAUACACGAAGUCGCAGUUGUUGGUCCAAAAUCGAUCCCUCUACGUUUGAAAAAACGGCUGUAAACGAGUUACAGUUUUACAAGCCUUUGUUUUUGGUGUAACCGCGAUGUAUUUCUGUCUGCGAAUCUGCAAAUGCGUAUAAAAUGCUGUAUUUAAGCGUUAUCAUGCCACACACAGAUCCUAAACAAGUCCGGC